AUAUUUGGUGUGGAAGUAGCUAAAGUAUCAGUACAUACCCUUGAGUGCAAUACACUGCCUAAAACCAUUGCAAUAACUGGGGUCAACUUUUUCUGUCUGUAACAAAUGAGUCACAUGAACCAUUGGUUUUAAUACAACUUUCAAAGGGUAAUUGUUGAACGCAGGGGUGGUUGACAUACUGAAAAUUUACCAAUAUCAUAAUGUAUGUCUAUUACUGAUGUAAUUUUGCCCAUGUUAGUAUUUUAGGUAUUUCGGGAAAAAUAUGUGUGUAGGUUUACAAUGUUCAUGUUCCUUUAAGAUGCUAUGCUACAAACUGGAUGAGGUAGAGUUGCGUGGCUUUGCUUAGUCACAUGACUGCCUCAUCCAGGGUGUAACAAGAAUGGAUAAACUGUGAGGAAAUGGAGGAUGAUUCAAAUGUUGUAGCAGUGGGCGGGGGCAGCGGGUAGCACCCAGUGGAAGCCAGCAGUAGCAACGAAAUUCAAAAUGUUAAAGGAGUUUUGAAGGAACAGGCAAGCGCCCUUGGCCUCAACGAAGCCACCGUUCCCCCUAACUGCAGAUGUAUGGGUAGUUAUUGUCAUUUGUCGUUAUUGAGGUGAAUUGUGAUAUCGAUGUGAGGCUACAUUUCCUUGCUCUAAUUGAUAUUGUAUUUACUAUCAGGGCCCUGCAAGUUAGGAAAAUCAUAAAAUUAGGCUUAGAAAAACUUUAAUUUACUGUUAAACACAGAACUAGUUUUGUGGAUGUUAUCGUAUCAUAUCUACUUCUUUUUUUUUAAACUUUACAGUGACAUUAACAAUGAACGCGCGUGUAGUUUAGCUGCUCCAGCUUCUGGAGUCUCUGUGUGUGACAGGAGAAGACAUGAGGGGGCAGAUUACGGUGAACUGAGGCAAAGAGUUGUGUGGCAGGCGUCCAGCAGUCCCAACCACAUUUAGCACAAAACACAAGAACAAUGUAUAUGCUUUAGUACAGCUUUUCAGUUUUUUGGUGCACAAUUGGUUUUAAUAGCAAGAAAGUACUCAAACAAUUCAGUCAAAGACAAAGGUAAUACGCUAGCGUUAGUCUCAGCUUUAGCUAACCCUCCCACAUGAAAACAUUUUAAAAGAGACUUGAUUUUACUUUGUUGCUGUCUGUGCGAACUGAGCUCUAUAAAAGCAACAUCUUGUUUCCCAUUCAUUUUACAUUAUGUAUAAAUUGCAUUAAGAGUAGUUUAAAGUAUACAAAACAAUAAUGUGAUGAGAAUAACCUAAAAUAUCCAAUUUGGUGGUAAUUAAUGCAUAAACGCAAGUAAAUCUGAGCUUUGAGGAACUGUCACACUGAUUUUUACAGUACAGGUUUCUGGUGACCCAGCAAGCAGAUGCUAGGUCUAAUAUACAGACUUUUGGGGAGCUGAAAAAUAUGUUAACAUAGAACUAUAAACGUAGGCAGUGGACCUUGAAAAGAAAUGGAGUCUCGUUUCCACAAGGAACCAAAAUGUGAAAACCUAAACCCACUGUAAAUGGUUAUAUAGUGGGUGGGAGUGCGGUGCUCCUUACCCAUGUUUUCCUUUCCAAAUUUGUCCCCCUCAUGUCGAAAUUCACUUUUGCACCACAUACUUUGUGGCCUUCAGUUUCUGCUGAAGACAAACUAUUGGUGAGCCCCCAUGCUCUACCUAAUUUUAGUGUUGUUUAUCUGACUGUUAUCAAGGCGUGUGGGCUAAAAUGAGUCUGAGUAGCCUUAUGUGGAGACCUUAUCCCAUGUCAACCCAUGACUCCAGUAUCAGUGUCCUCUUAGAUCAUUGACCAUAGGUAUUGAAUUCUAAUAUGCCUAUUGGUGUGUCCUAAUGGUACAAGUAUUGAAUUAUGAUAUUGGCAAGCACUGAUGGCCUCAGGAUUGAAUUAUGAUAUUGGUGUGCAGCAGCCUAAUGGUUCUUGGUAUUGAAUUAUGAUAUUGAUGCACUUUGACGUUGUAGGGAUUGAAUUAUGAUAUGGCUUGGUAUCUGCUAAUAGCUCACAUUGUGUAAUUUUUUGUGUCAAUCAGGGCUUAGUUGCUGGAUCCAUAGUCGGCCCUGAGGCUCAGUCCGUCUUUCUUGUCAGAUUGGAAACAGCCUUCAACCUUUGGGCUCACCUCUAACUUUCUUCAGUCUUGUGGUUUGUAUCCUCAUGAGUUGCAGGAUUUGAUUCACCCAAUCGACCCCAAAGUGUAUUUAAAAAUUAUUUUUUUUCAGGUGGCAUUUACAUCUUUAACUCAUUCACUGCCAGCCGUUUCCUGAUCGCUAAAGGCCUUCGCUGCCAGUGUUUCUUGCCGUUUUUUUAAGAGUCGCGGAACGUUACGCUCUAGGAUGAUGUCGAUGCCAAAACGACCAAAACAAAGCAGAGACUCACCUCUUACAUCAGGAAGAAUCUGCGUGUUUCGAGCAUUAUCCGUUCUUUCAUAAUCCGUGUCGAAUUGUGGUCGGCAGGCGCUUUUCCGGUUCGCGCCUCACUUUUUUUUACAGGAACGGCCCAAAACGAUCUAACACAUGGACUUUCUGCUUCCUGAUCAUAUGACGUGUGACGUAUGCGGAUGAAGAUCGGCUUCAGAGCUGAGAUGUUUGUUCUCUCGGCGCAGGGGCUCAUUCUGAUGCCCACACAGUAAAAAAAAUGCAAAUGACGACUUUAGUCGUCAUUGGCAGUGAACGGUUGGAUCUAAAAUGACGACUUUAGUCGUCAUUGGCAGUGAACGGUUGGAUCUAAAAUGACAACUUUAGUCGUCAAUGGCAGUGAAUGAGUUAAAAGGGAGAAAGAAAAGCUAUGUUUAUAACAAGCUAAAGCUAUAGAUCCAGAUGUGGUAAUGUGGAUCUGGCCUUUACUUUCACCUCCUUUUUAUUAGAAUUGUAGCUAAUCCCCAACUAUCAGAACCUUCAUGAUUAGAAACCUAAUCCAUGUUUAUUUAACUAAACAUCCAAGCAUUUAAUGUUUGAUUUGAGCCUGCUCCCAUUUUGAUAUUUUACACCCAAAGAUGCGAUAGUUCUGCUGCCCUCUCACAUAGUAAAUGGACUGCUCGCUUCUGUGUCAGCCCUCUAAAAAUAACACAGACUGCUGGCUAAGCUCAGCAGAAAACUACCACAGAUUAUGAUGAUUCAACUACCCUGUAUUCACAGGUGCGUGUUUGUGUUGGGUGGGGGUGGGUUGUGCUUUACAGAUUGUUCUCAGUGCUGUGGUCUUGACCGAUUAGCUUUGUAGUCACGCUGUAGGCUGGUAAAACUUUGCUGAUGCGAGGAAAUUUUUAGCAACUGUUGAAAAAUGACUUAUUUGUCUUUUAGUUGCUGAAGCCAGUGAACCAAAAUGUUAGUGGACAUCGUUUUUUUAUGUCCAUACUCUGGUUUGAUUCCUAAUUAAAAUGUACUUAUAGUUUGAUCUAUGACAUUGCUCACUGAAAUGUGGGAAAUUUGGUGCAAAUGAUGUCCAAUAGCUGUUUAAGUCAUUGAACACCAUCAGACGGCACUUUAACCUCUUCUUGACCUUUGGCCUGAACAGCUGUCAGACUGGAGCCACGGUUCAGGGGUGGUGUGACCCAGAUGACCUCUGUUUGACCUGGUCUGUCUAACUAGUCUAACCUUUGGAGCUAACAGAUGAGGACUUUACCAUCUGUCUUGCAUUUAGCAGGUCUAGCCUCCUUGAACUUGAACUUGUUUGGACAUUGAAGGGAAGGAAGCACACACAAAAAAGAAAAGUAUCUUAGUCUACCAAGGCUGUUUCACUACAUUUAUGUAACAUUUUAUUUUAUAUUGUUAAAAAUAAAAGAAACAACUAAAAUUGAAUCACAUGUCUGAAACCUAAAUCUUUGUUUUUUGCAUAAUUUGUGAGCUCCAGCUUUACUUGGAUGAGGUUAUGUAGAAGUCUUUAAAUUGGAUAUGCACUCCUUAGCUGUGUAGCCUGCCGUCUUCAUCUUUUAAAAGUGAGAGUUAUCCUCUUGAAGAAGGGGGAAGGGACGGUGUGUUUAGUAGACACAGGCUCAUCCGCUGACUGCUGUCUGACCCUGAGUUCAGCAGUAUGGUUAUUAAUAGGCCCAGAGGCCUCAACUUCCAGGAGGCCCUCUGAUCAGCUCCAGAUGUGGAAUGAGAGAGGACAAAUCUGUGUUAGCCUAUCCACGUUUCACAUGAAGCAGAAAGCAGGGAGAUGGGCAUUCUGCGAGACUGAUAAAGAAUGAAGGAAAGAGGAAAGGAUGUGCAAAAGACCUUUUCCACAGCAGGAGUUUGCCUUGUGAGUCUUUGUUUUCACGCGUAUGUGUUUCUUUUCUGUUUAUUACACUCUGUGCCCUCAGACCAAAAGACCAUAAAAACGUAUGGUAUCACCAUGGCGACCAUAAUAACUACCUAUAAAACAGCGUGUAAACUGUGAAAUAAGACAAACAGACCAGAACAGCCUUGACUUUGCUGGCUGAAGGGCUGCCUUCCACCAUAAAAACUAUUUGAGAGCCAGACUGAAGGAAUGCCUCGGAGGCUGCAGUGGCUGUCACGACACAUGAAAGGAUUAGGCUCUGUGUUUUAUCUCCUCUUUAUCUGAUGGUAAUGGAUAAGCUGAGUGUAGCCUAUCAUCUGACGCUUGGGCUGGGGUUUUGAUGUUUUAGUAGGGUGACGGUUUGUUGAGUUGACCGCUUUGGUCUAUUGAUUGCUGUUUGAUGGUUUUGAUAUGUAGGCUGCUUGGAACAGGUCAAGUCUUUUAUGCAGUGAAGGCUCCAAAUAGCUUUUAGCUGUCCUUCACUCCCCCCUUUACUCUAGUGGUUUGUUUGAUGUUUGGAUCAAUCAAUAGAAAGAGCCUGAGCUCUUACACAUGCUCCUUCCUACUUCCCACUGAGCUCAAUUCCUCUUCUUUCAUUGUGAAGGCUUUAUAUCACAUUUUCUCAACGCAGAAUAAAUGAUAUAAUUACAACUCAUUACUUAGCCUAACACAAGCUAAUUAUUCUGUCAUUAUGGCAAGGAUUAGCUAUGCUCAUUCUCUCCUCCUGACUGCGUUUCUCUGCCUUUUUCCUCUCAAAAGUCACGCAGGCAGAACAGAAAACUCUGGCUCAUAAAGGCUGAGUAAGACUAAGCCCCAGGACACGUUGUGUUGAUGUUGAUGGUAUAGACCUCCAGUGUCAAACUCGGACGGCAAGCCACGCUAGAAAGUAGUGACGGCGUGACUGGACACAUCAAAGAGUCCAGAAACAAAGAUAUGUCUAAACUAAUGGGGUAUUUUAAUGCACGCUUGUAAUUUAUGCCCAGAAAUCAACAUGCUGCUUUUAUAGGCCAUGGCACAGCUCGUGCUGAUGUGUCAUCAGGCGUCUAGAAAAUUACUGGAUACAACAGAUAGACGGGGCUAAAUUAAAAUGUGGAAAAAAGACAUCAUGCCGAGCAAGGAUCUAAUAUAUCAGAGGCACAUGAGGGUGAUGCACACACCUUUUUUCACUACUCCCGACUGUGUCAGCAGCACAAAGCUGCUAGGCAUCCUUAUAUGGAAGCCUAAGUGAAUUACAACAAAUCAAAUAGGCUAACGAACUGAGAACAGACCAACACAGAACACUGCUCCGUUGUCAAAAGUUAGACUUUCUGAGUCAAAAAUAGAUUGGGAGUAAGUGUUGACGUUAACCUGGAGGCCAUGACCUGAUUGUUAGUCGUUUGAUGUUAACAUUCAUUUGAUUAUGGUUAAAUAUAAGUUUUCUGUGAAAUGUCUUAGUCCUUGUGCUGGUAAAUGUGCUAUUCCUUUGCACCGACGUCACCUAAUCACGUGGGUCCACCAUGCUGGAUGGCAAAAGCAUGUAAACAGUGAGUGACACGAUUACUAAACAAAGGGAAAAGUAGAGCCUGAAAUUGUUUUUGCGAUCAAAACAAAAACAAAAUUCCUCCAGCAUUCCUUCAACUAGUUCACGCCCAGUUCAGUUAUCAGAAGUAGCACAUCUAGCCGGGGCUCAUAGAGAGCGGUAUGUUAAAGGUAUAGCAAUCGGUGUUUCUGAAUUGCAGGAAAGAACCACCCUGUCCACGUCACACAACACUCUCCCAGCGCCUGUUUACAAGUAGUUGCCGGCCGUAAUGUGUAAUAAGAGGCUCUAAAAAUAGCAUGCAGAACCUCUCGAGCGGAAAACUGGCAACAGCAGCGUCUGUGGGGAGCGGACUGGACCGCGUUAGCCUCUUCCUGAUUUCCAUGAGAGUGCGGGGGUGCACAGAGUACGCAUGUGCAGGAAGUGAAAACUAACCCAGGAUUGGCUUCACCAGAAAUUUACAUUUUUGCGGACCAAUGGUUGCCGUGAUCCACCCGGAAGAAAAACAUAGAUUGUUAUACCUUUAACUAGCUUACCAACGUUAGCGUACGUUCUCUCUGCAGCUGUUCACCAAUGUAAACAUGUUGCUGACUUUGCCUAAAUUCACCCCUCUGGAUUUAUAACAUUAUGUUAUGAACAGCGUUUCACUUUACACCAAAGCUGAUUUUUAAUAAGUCCGGAUCCCUACCAGCUUCUGUUGGUGGUGGUGUUACCGGGUUCAGCUGCUGCUCUCACACCGGAAUGAGAAGAUCUCUGGACGCCGACGCUCAUAUAAAUAAAUAACGUCAUUUUAACACACUGUUCUACAAUAAAAUGUUUUAUUUUAUUUUAAUUACCUUAAAAGACUCAAAGUAUCUUUUUACACUUUAUAUUUAUUUAAUCAGGAUCGUUGUCAAGUCGACGCCAGAAACAAUGAAACACAACUUGAAUAUCAGAUGAACAACAAGGCUUUAUUCAACCGGCAUUUAUACAAGUUAUCAAUCAUGAACAAAACAUUUCUCUUACCGUUGCUUAUGGGUGGAGAGCUGAACACCCCAGUUAGAAAACGUAAUCCAUGAUAGGUGAAGAACUGAACACAUGUAAUCCAUGAACCUCGUCAGGUAGAAUCCUUCAAGCAGCUCUAACCACCUGAGACAUCCACUGAUGUGCGUGCAAAGCUGCACACCUCCACCAUGAUUACCCUUGAUUACAUCCUCAUGAUCACAUUAUGUUCGGCUCUACCAUGAUUACCCUUGAUUACAUCCUCAUGAUAGGUGUGAUUGACAAACAGUAGUGAUCAAUAACUUAUAUAAAGCAAUUAUACAACAGAUGACAAGUUCAUUUUUAUUACACACACAUAAUCAUACAUCGGAGCUUUAAUAUUGUUAAUAAUUAUCUCGCUUUACACUACAGUGGACGGCGCGCAUCCUCUGUGGUGAAAUCCCCAUCCAUCAGGAUUAUCAAUAACUAGUAUAAACAAACGCAUCACAUUUAUCCCUGUCCCCGUCUUCCUCGUGAAAUAAAUGAACGUUAAUCUUACCCGGUAAAAACAUGCUCGCUGCAAAUCUGAGGGCCGCUAGUCCGCUUGAUUGAUCGCUGCAGUUCAUCUCCGUCCUCAGUCUCCAUCAAAGUUAUUAAAAAAACUAAACGAGUUGAGUUUACAUCCUUGCCUGUUAGUGCAGCCAACCACACAGCAAGCUAAAACCAUUUUACUGUCAAAUCAACUAAAUAAAAGCGAUAAAAGGCUACAAACUGGCUUGUUUUGACUAGCUUCACUUGAGUUUCAACAGGUGUAAACGGUCUUUUUGCACUCCAUCAUGGCAAAGGCAGCGGUCUCAUGAGUGGCGUGACGUCACGUGCAAAGGGUCAAUAAGCUCUGGAGAGUCCCAGUCUUCCUCUAGACGUGAUUAAUUUCUAUCGCCCCUCUCCAUGAUCACCGUUUCCAUUUUUUAGUCUGUAUCUGUGCACUCAUCCCUUCCCCAAUCUCCUCUCACUGGCACAGAAUGGCUUCCUGGCAGAAUGGAUGCAUUAAUUCAGGGAUGAGAGGUGUGAUACUCUCUCCCUCUUUUCCUGUGUCUCUCUGGUUCUCCCUUUCUCUCCAUCAGUGCUGUGUUUGUAAUGCCUGGCCUUUAUCAUAGCUGAAACAGCUCACUACCCUCUGAUCCUAUCUCAGAUCUCAAUAUCCUAGCCGUUCCACCCUGUAAACGCAGGGAUGAAAAAUCUUGCCCUUUCACCAAUGCAUUACACCCCUAGCAUAUCGCCAUACCCCUCUCCUCCCGUUGCACUCUCCACACCACUCACCCUUUGUGACACGGGCCUCCAGCGAAAUUCGAACUCUGCAAAAUGAGACCAAGUGAGCUGCACUUCCUCUAUGCCAGAAACCAUCUUAGUCUCAUUAUAUUUGUGUUUAGGCUCUGUCCAGGCCUCUAGAUCCCCCCUCCCCUUGUCAGACAAUAGGUCAGGCAAAAUAAUGACUAGCUCUCAGUAAGCUUCAGGAGAGUUAAGGCUUGGAUAGAGAGAUAAAACAACAACCAGUCUCUGAGCAGGGAAACAUGGAUCAAUACAAACGAAGCUGCUGUGUAAAAAGGCUGUUUUUGAUCCAGGCUUGCGUCAGCACCACUGAGGUGAUUCUUGACAGCUCCUGUGCUGUUGGUAGAUAUGGAUCUGUGUUCAAAAAAAGGAGCAAAAUGCUCUGGGAGCACAAGCGUCUUGUUAGACUGUGGAGAGUGUUAGGCUGACCCCCGCCCCCAGCCGCUCUGCAUACAAACACACGGGCGAGAAGCGCUCCAGCCUCACUUGUUACAGUGAAACUAUUGUGUUAGCUUGCGGUAAAGAAAACUUUGUGGCUUUCGCUCCAAGGGGUAGAGGAAAAGCAAAAACAGAAAUUCAGGAGGAUAUGACUUGCGUCUUCAAACCCUGUGUGGUUUGUGAAAACGGCAUCUGCUGGCACAUUUAAAGUUCUGUAACCUGCUAUGUCAAAGGUAGGCAGGCAAACGGGAUUGCAGGUUCUUAUCUGUGCUGCUGCUGUUCUGUGUUUUGAGGGGGCGUGCCUGUGAUCUGUGUUCAUGUACCGUGUUGCUGUAGAGCGUGGCUGUCGCUCCUGACUGAGCUGCCACCCCGCGACUCCACCCCCACACACUAGGGUUGGCAUACAGAACAGUCAGCCGCAUAGGAGUUGGAACGCUCUGCAGGGAGACGGAGGGGGAGUUUGAAAGAAAGAACUCGAUGCCACCGCCACACAACUUGCCAACAGACAGGACGAGAGCGAACAGUCAAGGAAGAAGCUAAUUGACCUGAGCCGCGAGUUCAAGAAGACCACUCCAGAGGAUUUACGGAAACAAGUUGCCCCUCUGCUGAAGAGCUUCCAAGGAGAGAUUGAUGCCUUGAGUAAAAGAAGUAAAGAAGCAGAGGCUGCCUUCUUGAACGUGUACAAGAAAAUAAUCGAUGUCCCAGACCCUGUACCUGUGCUGGAGCUGGCUCAGCAGCUGCAGCUGAAGCUCCAGAGGAUGCACGACAUUGAGACAGAGAACACCAAGCUUCGAGAGACACUGGAGGACUACAACAAAGAGUUUGCCGAAGUUAAGAACCAAGAGGUGACCAUCAAAGCCUUGAAGGAGAAGGUCCGGGAAUAUGAGCAGACUCUGAAGAAUCAGGCUGAGAACUUGGCUCAAGAGAAGCAGCUGCAGCUACACAAUGACUAUGCAGAGAAGGAGAGGAAACUCCAGGAGAGCCAGGACUCUCUGUCGUCGAGGUUGAAAGAGGCGGAACACAAGGUCCAGUCCCUCCAGACAGCACUUGAAACAACUCAGGCUGAGCUCUUUGAUUUGAAGACAAAGUAUGACGAGGAGUCUACAGCAAAGGCUGAUGAGAUUGAGAUGGUGAUGACAGAUCUGGAAAGAGCCAAUCAGCGAGCAGAAGCAUCUCAGAGAGAGGCGGAGUCGCUCAGAGAGCAGCUAUCACAGAGUAACCAAUCCCAUCCGCUCAGCAGCCCGGGCAAGGUCGACCCAGACUCGGAACAGACAACAGAGGCUGCAUCCCAUUCAGGUCUGGAGGCUGAGCUCAGGGCCAAAGAGAGGGAGACCGCCCAGCUGGUGGAGGAUGUCCAGAGACUGCAGGCCAGCCUGACCAAACUCCGAGAGACUACCAGCUCCCAGAUCUCCCAGCUGGAGCAGCAGCUGAGCAACAAGUCUGCAGUUCUCAAGGAACUGGAGGAGAAACUGGAGAGACAGGCAGAUUAUGAAGAGGUCAAGAAGGAGUUGAGUAUCCUCAAGACUAUGGAGUUUGGAACUUCUGAGUCUGUGCAGGAUUCUUCCAAACCUCUGGAGGUGCUGCUGCUGGAGAAGAAUCGAACUCUUCAAUCAGAGAGUGCAGCUCUUCGUAUUGCAAACACCGAGCUGAGCGGGUCAGCCAUGCGAAAAGGGACAGAAGAGUCUACAACGAAGGAAGAAGCAGUGAACAGCGAUUCCUCUUCCUCGCCCCCACCUCCACCUGCCUCUGUCUCUUCCUCGUCUCAGCUCCCCCCAUCUCGCGCUCACACAGACCCCCUCAACACUGCCACAACCAGCAACGACACACACCCGUUCACUCCGACGGGCAUUGGACAGGAGCUGUACUCCCCCAUGUUCCCUCUGGUGGGUGGAAAGAUGGCUCUGAACUCCCUGAUUCAGCGGCAGCUGCUCCAAACCUUCUACUCCAAAGCCUUGCAGGAGUCCUCUGGAAUCCACAGCGGGGCCCUCCUGUUCACCCCCUUCACUCCGGCCCUCACCUCCAUCCCUACCUCCACACCCAGCUCAGGAUCUGCUACCAUCCCUCUGGCAGCCAGCAGCCCCCAGCCGCCUCCAGCCAGUCCUGACAUGGCUCCUGUAAACGGGAGCAGCACCGCAGGCAGCGCUCCGUCUCCAUCACCCAUCCACUCGGACACCAACGCCGGCAGCGUGCUGGACGGGGAGGACAUGGACACGGCAGAGAUCGCCCGACAGGUGAAAGAGCAGCUGAUCAAGCACAACAUCGGACAGCGUGUGUUUGGCCACUAUGUGCUGGGACUGUCUCAGGGUUCUGUCAGCGAAAUCCUGGCGAGACCAAAGCCGUGGAACAAGCUAACCAUCCGAGGAAAGGAGCCCUUCCACAAGAUGAGACAGUUCCUCGCCGAUGAGCAGAACAUCCUGGCUCUGCGCAGCAUUCAGGGACGACAGAGAGAGGGCUCAGGCCAGCCCCCGCUUAGCCGAGUGUUUCAGGAUGUUCCGAAGCGGAGAACCCACUCUGAUACACCUUCACACACAGGUAACAUCACAGCUCGUGUCCGCACCCCAGAGGCAGGUUCAGAUGAAGCUAUCAAGUCUAUACUGGAGCAGGCCAAGAGAGAGCUGCAGGUGCAGAAAGCUGACUUGUCCCAUGCUCAGCCAUCUUACGCUGGUCUGAAAGGAGGAGGUGUAGGUGGAGGGGGAAGCGGAGGGGGCGGUGGAUCAGACGAAGCCAUCCGCUCUAUCUUAGAACAAGCUCGCAGAGAGAUGGAGGCUCAACAGGCGGUGCUGGACCCCAUCCUAAAAGCGUCAUCUUCCUCCUCAGCAUCACUUUCUCAGAGGGACAUCCUGAACUCUUCUCUCACCUCCCCCCUCCCACCCUACAACCCCCUGGCGCUCUCCCUCAAGAAGCCUCCCAGCUCCCUCCUGUCCACGCCUUCGUCUCCGUCUCCGGUCCUGGACUUCAGCUCUGGUGUCAAGAGAGAGGGCCGAGCUUCCUCAGGGAUUGACAUGUCUGCUGAUGGAGCUUUCAGGCUGGGCCGUGCCUCCGAGGGUUCUGUCCGCUCCGGAAGUGCAGGAGGAGUGGGCUACUGGAGGGAGCAGUGGUGGAGCAACAUGCAUUCGGAGUCACGGAGGACCAUGUCCAGCCAGCCAUGUCCAGAGGAGAACCACAACCAAGAGGACUGCAAGGAGGGAAUACUGAGUGACGGUCUGUCUCGACACAAACCGUGGAACAAGUUGAACCAGAGGAGCAGAGAGCCAUAUCUUCGUAUGCAGCCAUGGCUGAACGGAGACCAGGGGCAAAAUACACACAUCCAGCAAGCUCAGAACCAAGCAGAGGGCACUCCCAAGACAUCAGCCAGCUGCAGCCCCGCUCCCGAGUCCCCACUCAGUUCAGCUGAGGAGUCAGUCAAUGGUCUCACUGGAGAUCCGCUUGCUUCUCAGUCGUCUGGUCUAAAGCCGCCGUCUGAAGACCCCUCAGGUGGCGAGUCUCAGCCCGGCACUCCACUGCCCGUGCCAGGUCACUCUGGCCUCAGCAUCCAGGAGAUGGUUGCAAUGUCUCCUGAGCUUGAUACUUAUGCCAUCACCAAGAAGGUUAAGGAGGUCCUAACUGAUAAUAAUCUAGGCCAGCGGCUGUUUGGGGAGACCAUUCUGGGUCUGACUCAGGGUUCUGUCUCAGACCUGCUGGCCAGGCCUAAACCCUGGCAUAAGCUGAGCCUGAAAGGCAGGGAGCCCUUUGUACGCAUGCAGCUGUGGCUCCAGGACCCGCACAGUGUGGAGAAACUCAUGGAUAUGAAACGCCUGGAGAAGAAAGCUUACAUGAAGAGGCGGCUGAGCUCCCUGAGUGAUAGCCACUCCAUGGACGGGGUCUUGGUGGGGACAGAUUACAUGCAGGGCUCCCAGAGCCCGGGGCAGCAGCAGCUGAAGAAGCCCAGGGUGGUCUUGGGCCCUGAAGAGAAGGAGGCUCUGAAGAAGGCUUAUCAGCAGAAACCCUAUCCCUCCCCUAAAACCAUUGAGGAGCUGGCCUCCCAGCUCAACCUAAAGACCAGUACGGUCAUCAACUGGUUUCACAAUUACAGAUCUCGCAUUCGAAGGGAACUGUUCAUCGAGGAGAUCCAGGCAGCUGGAGGGGUGGGUCCUGGCAGCGAGGGGGGAUCUCCCUCUCUCCGUGGAUCCAAAUCAGGAGAGGGAGACAGCUGUGAUGGGACAGAAUCCGAAGGCACAGUGGAGACCCGCCAGGGACUGGGAAUCGGUCAGGAGGACCACAGAGGAGUGUGCAAAGACCACAGCAUGGAGGUCGAGUCAGAGGUGGGGGGCUCUAAUAAUUCCCCCACCGAGUUAGACUGCAUCACCUCAGGCUUAGCUGGGUCAGGCUCCAGCUGUGGACAAAGUGGACUGGGGCUUUUCAGUCUCACUGAGGCGUCCUCCAGUAGCUCUGCCUCGAGUACAAACAUCCCGGCCCCUGGCCUGACCAGAAACCCCAGGGACAACAAUCUGCGUAAGAAGAAAGCAGCCAAUCUGAAUAACAUCAUCCACAGGCUGGAGAAGGCUGCCAGUAAAGAGGAUCCCUCAGAGUGGGAGUUUUAGCUCUCCCCAUCUGUCCUUCAUCCCUAUCCUCUCAUAACCUCACGACCUCUAACCUUGGACCCCUCCUGCUCUGUUCCAGUCGGAGAGAGGACACAGCCAAAGUCAAGCUCAGCAGCCAUUUUUAUUACAGAUAAGCUUUCCAAAAAAAAGAGGAAAGCAGCAAUGAGUGGUUGGCAAAACCCGUAAAAAGAAGAUUUACUGAAUACUUAGAAGAACAAAAUCCAGAGAGCUCAAGUGUCUCUCCUGUUUUUUUUUUUUUUUAACUGAGUUUUGUUUUUGUACUGAGAAAAAGCACUUAGCCGUCCUGCUGGCCUCUGGCCCUGCUGUACCUCCCCUUAUCACCAGCCACUGGUGCACCAGACUGGUUAGUCCUGAGCUGGGGUCUGACCCGCAGCCGGGGUUCAAACCUGGACUCGGUAACAAAGGCAAGGCCUGACACAGCAGCUGUCACAGUGAUAGACACUGAUAGAUGAUGGAAAGAGACAGGAACUCUCACAAAAAACUCGCUUUCCUAAAGGAGAUUUUUUUCCGCUCUUCUUCUCACCUCCCAAGUGUCCACAAACCUCCCCUCACUCAGUGAGACGCCUCAUUUUUCACACUGUAGAGUGACUGUUACAAACCCUUUGCCUUUUUUCACUCACUGCGUGUGUGUUUGUGUGUUAGGGGUUGUGUCAGUGUGCACCUGUAUGUCUGUGUGUGUGUGUGUGUUUGUUGUGUGUAUGCACACCUAAAAUCGGUGUGUUCUCUUCUCAAAGGCAGCAUGUUUUGUUUUUUACGUCACUCCUACGCUCUUAAGAGGGUAGUAGAAGGCCUGCUGGCUGAGCUGCCACAGUUACUGAUGUAAGACAGAUGAACUUUGACCUGUUGUGUCCCGUAUCUGAUCCUGCUGACAGCCAUGUGAUGGCCAGAAGGAUUUUUUUAAUUCCUCACGAACACACGCACUCAUCUGAAGAGGACGCAAGGAAGGAACCCUUUCUUUUUUUGCCUCCUUAGACCUUUCUUUGUAGGACGAAGGAUGAUCUCUGUUUUUUGAUACUGCAAUUUGGUUGCCAAUAAGAGAUUGCACAGUCUAUUGACUCUAAAGAGUACAAAAUAGGGAAUUUUAGCAAGCAAUUUUAAUUAGUACAAAAAUACGAACAGAAAAUAAGAGAAUAACAAGUUAAUGUUUUAAAGCAAAACAACCAAUUAGAAUGGAAUCAUGUUGCGAUGCAACCCGAUGAACUCGUGUAGUACUGUAGCUGUCUGACAUGGUGAUACUAUAUGUCUCUUGUUUAUGUUUUAAGGUUGUGCACGUCACAGCUGUACCCAGCACUGGACCUGCUGGGUGUGUGCACGUCUGCACCGCUCACAAAAACAUUCACAAACAUCUUUUUUAUAGGCCAAAUCAGGAAGAGUGUGUGUGUGUGAGUGUGUGUGCAUUUAUACUUGCCUGCAUGUAAGUCAGGGUUGAGGUCAAUUCACCAUUUAUGAAAAAUCUUGACUGAAAAAAAAAAAAAGGUGUGUGAGUUUUAGCAGACUGUGUUGUCCCCCCGGCCCUGGUGAGUCGUCUCCACUUGUCUCCAGUCUUUCCUGUCUCCAGGGACGCGCGUGUCUUCUUUUUGCAUUGAAUUCUACUGUAAACACUACAAAGGCAUAUCACUUUCUCCCUGUCCCACACAAGCCCUCAGUGCCUGUCAGCCCACUGCCUCCCCUUUUUGUGUGUGUGUGCAAGUUUGCAUGGAUGCACGUGCACGCAUGCCUGCGUGUGCACGUGUGAGAGAUGGAGGAGCGUGCGUUUGUUUCCGAUGAGUGGGGUCAUAUUUCUACUUGCACACACUACUAGUGCACAACUGACACCCUUCUUUAAGCUGUUUGGUGCGUUACCAUUGCAUUAAUAACCUUCUCACAAGUAGUGUAAUACUAUGAUUUACUGUAGCUUGGUUUUAUCGCUAUUUUGCAUUUAUAGUUUUGGUUUUUAUUCUGCUUAUUUAUAGGUGCUGUAUUUUGUUUUUCAUUUAAUGUCUUAUCAUAUGAGUUGUUUAUUUUUUAAGGGAUUAUACUGUUCCUGAGGGCAAGUAACAUUUUUAUUAGACGUAUAGACUGCCGGCAGUAUUGGUUAAUAUUUACAAAGAUGUACUAGUUCUCAUUUGUUUGUAUAUUCAUGAAUCCUAAAGGUUUUAGUGUCAUUUCAAUAGCUUUGAUCACGUGUUUGCUACAGUCCAUGCUCCCAUCAGCAUCAAGCUCUCACCACAGCUGUUAUGCUCUUGAAUUGCUAGCUAGAGAAUCAAAGGAACAUAUCAGGAUCAGUAAAUAUAUGUUAGUCUAUCUCUAUUUUAUUCUGUUGUCUAUUCUCGGAUCAUGUUUUCCAAGGCAAGCCCAACACCAACGCUCAGCUGGGCAUGCAGCUUUCGUUAACCAGAUUUCACCCAACCAUUAAUCACAUGAACAUAAUUAACUGGUCCAAAUUUAUACUCUUUAUCUAAAUAGGUCAAAUGAAAUUACCUAAACUUUGAGAAUGCGCCGUGUUCACUUGAAAGAGGUCAUAUCUGCCAAAUUGAGAUUAGAGAAGUAUACCAGCGAGCAGGUGUGCUGCGCCAUAUCAAGCAGAGAUCGCCAGCCUAUGAUUAUGCAGAAUUUCUAUUGCAGUUCGUAACAAAGCACUUAUGAGGAUCUUUUUAUGACUUUGGACAGGGUCUGUAAACACUACAACGGAGUACCAUCCCAGGAUCUUGGGAAGUGUCUGCCCCUUUUCUUUUCCCUUUUAGAGUGGUUGUAAACCAAGCACAGACUCUUAUCCGUAUCCUAACACUAAAACUGAAAACAGAAGUUUGUCGUCUCGUCUAGCAAACUCUUAGGUCAAACUACAUACACAAAGCUGUAGUCCUGUACAGAUGUAGAUAUUGUGGCCUGUUUGGGUUAGGUCCAGCCCAUCCUUCCCUUUUUUCCUGAACGUGCAUCCUCGUAAAUUUUCAUUGCACUAUUAUAUUGCAUCUUCUAAAUUAGACUUUUCUAACCUACCUGUUCAGACGACUGAUGUUAGACGUCCGUUCUCUGCAGCUCACUGAAGGCCUUCUUCAGACAGCUCAAACCACAGCAAUGAUUACUAAAGGUCCCAUUCGCUCUCCUGUCCUAAAACCCUGUGAGGUCAUCAGCUGUUGUGCCUUUCACUGCCAAGCAGGGCACCAAAUUUGUGAUGUCAUUAGACAGUUUCUGCUGAGAUCUCACACCCGCGCCCGAACUUCAUAUUUAAGAGUUUUUUUGGCUCUCCCCGACGUUGAGCGUAAUGAAAGCAGUUAAAAUGAGAGAGCAAACAGUGUGUGUAUUCGUCGGUCCAGGUCUUAUUUCAGGCAUUUUAUUUUGUGUGUGGUAUUUUUACCCUCCCCCCACCCCCACCCACUAUGAAUUUCUCAUUCUGUACAUAAACUAGCAGCGAAGAGGCCAGAGCGUGGAAUGAAGGAGGAAGCAUGCGGAAACGGCAGACACUGUAAUAACACUGAAUUUCUUCAUGGGGCAUUUUUGUAUUUUUCUGUUUUGUGUCAAGUUUGCUGUGACGUUGAUAACGGCACUACAGGUAUUGAUAGUGACACGUGCCAAUUCUGUCUUGGAAAGAAAAACACAAAAAAAAGCAAGGCAUUGUAAAUAUGGCAGACAGAGUAGGAUUCGCUCUCGUCACAGCGAGCUUUUGUUCGAAGGCAGGCGGAGAGAAGAAGGGACGAUUCAGGACUUUUCCAUGAUCCACAGAUAUUUUUCUACAAAUUUAAAUCAGAUGAUUCUAUACACUGUUGAAUAACAUUGUAAAGGUGUAACAGAUGCUGUAUAUCAUAUCAUGUUUUCUGAAGUGGUAAAGCUUUACUGUAUGAUCUGUUGAAGUCGUAGUUAUUCAUUUGAACACCUUAGUUGUGAUGGAAGCCCGAACAGCAGCACUGGUCACCAUAUUCAGGAAGAAGAAGAAAAACACAAAAAAAAAGGGGGGAAAAAGAUAAAGAAAAACCUCAGAUGUUUUUUGUAAUACUUUUAGAAUAUAUCUUAUGAAGUGGGUUUUGUAAGGAAACACUUUCUGAAUCAGCGGUGCUGUGAGCAUAGCACACUCAGUAAUACAUUAUUACACACUAGUACAGCACAAAUACACCUAUCCUUUUUAAAACCUUCCACUCGUCUGUUCCCAGUCACCGUCGUCGGCUCCUGAUUUGAAGUCUUAAAGCCAUUUAUGCAGAAUAUCUUUUUGUUGAACGAACGAUUCUGAACAGUUCGGCUCUUUUAGUCGAGUCUCGAGUCUCACAGAAGAAGCAAAAAGCCAAAUAGUGAUGUAGUUGUCUCUGGAGAGGUUGCAGACGGAUUUCUGUGUAUUGCUACCUAGUGUUGUUGCUUCAGUUCACCCUUAGCUUGAACCACAGUAGUCUGACAACCAAAUGACCUGGGGAGGUCUUCACCCCUCCUCACCCCCUCCUCCCCUCUCCUUUGGAAAGCUUUAAGAUGCUUGUUGAGGCUUUAGAGAAAAAAAAACCAGUGUGUUUGAGAUUUCCUCCCAGCUCAUCAUCAACGUGGAAGUAAUAAUUCUCAUCAUUUCUCCCACUGCUUAUUUUUGUGUGUGCGUGUGAGAGUGAGUGUGUGUGCGCGCGUGUGUGUGUGCUGUAGUACAAAAAGCUGCAUGACUGUAAAGGGAUGUUACAAUGUUUUAUUUUCUUUUUGUUUGUUUUUAUAAGUGGUUUUUCCAGCACUUCUGUCACUCCUGAGAUGUUUUUUUCCCCUCUUUCAGAUUCUGCCUCUGUUUGUCUUUUUCCUUCAUGUAUCAUUGUUUCUUUAACUUUCUAUUUACUAAACGUAUCAUGUUGUUUGUUCUCAGCACUGUAAAACAGUCCCUUCUACAACAUUGAAAAGCAAUAUCACUGUAUGAAACGUUCACAAUGUAUUUGUUAUGAUUGACAUUUGAUUCAUCAUCAUUAUUAUUAUUCACAUGCACCCUAGGUGUGAUAAUUGAAGUAAAUCUCUUUUAUACAAAUACUAUAA